CUGGCUUUCACGCAAUCAAGCAUUUCUAGAAUAAAAAAAUAAAUUAAUUAAUUUUAAAUGGCGAAAUUUUGCGUUGCUACACUGCUGCUGUGUGUCUUCCUGAGUUUACAGCUGACAGAAUCCCGUUAUCAUGACGCUAAUGCAUCUUCAGAUGUAAGCGAUCCCGACUGCAGCGCUUCCGAAGAGCUGCGUGCUAUAUUAAAUGGCAUAGACGAUAAUUCAGAGGAUAGAAGCGAUUCUCGACGACGCGUACCUACAAAUCCCAGGAAGACGAAUUCAUUGGAUUUAACGGAGCAUGCGGGCAUUGAUCCACGCAGAGGCGAGGAAAGCUCCAUAGAACAAGACGAAGUUACCUCUACAUCUACCACACCACCUACCACAACUACCAAAGUGUCUAAACAUAAAACUAAACAUAAUAAAAAACAUAAAACUUCAUCUACGAAACCUUUGAGUUUAACUCAAAGACGUCAAAGUUUGUAUGCAUUCGCCAGGGAUGGCAUGCGUGCGUAUGAGAGCUACCUCGUAGGCCUAACACGCGCGACCAUCGAGAAUAUUCUUACAGAAUUGGAGGUGCUACCCAAGAAAAGUGAAAGUAUCCGAGAAAAAAUUGCUGAAGUGAAGAAAGCAUUGAGGGAAUUCGAAAAAAUCGAUUUGGAAAAUCAAGCAUCAGAAUUCGAUGGUGGUGAGGAGGCCUCCGACAUAGUCGCCGAUUUGAAUACUGAGUUCAAUAACCCUAUCGAUGCGCCACCGGCACUCGGGCAAGUGCUCGAAAAAGUUGGUUGGAUGGAUUUGCGCCAUAAGUUGAACGAUAAAGUGCUUAGUUUAAUGGAGAGAUUUGGCAAAGAAUUUAACACUUUUAUCGCCGCAUUGACACCCUGGGAACGAGUGAUGGAGACGGCUUUGGUAGAAUUGCACAGGCGUUUCAUCAGAGGUGAUACUAAUGCCAAAUGGAGUUGUUUUAGAGAAUUCUUGAGCUAUUAUGAUUUUUGAAAUUUAUUUAUAAAAUUUUCUUGUACGUAAAAAUGCUUUGAGUUCUUGUAAUCUUGUUUCCGUUAAUCACUAUUUACGCUCGUAUAUUUCUGUUGAAAUAAUUUUUUUGUUGUUUUUUUAUUAUUCCAAUUUGUUUUUCGCUUGAAAAGAACCUAAAUAAACACACGUUUGAUCUAUAACCUUACAAU